AUGAGUCUUCAGAAAACUGUUGAGAAGCUUUUCGAUGAGUUGGACAAGGACAAGUCGGGCAAGAUUAGCUGUGCCGAGCUUAAAUCCGCACUACAGUCGUGCUCAGCAGAGCCUCUCGAUGACGACCAUGUGAAGGCUUUCUUAGAUAAGCUCGACUCCAACAAGGACGGCGAAUUAAGCCUAGAUGAGUUAAUGGCUCUCUUCUAA